UUAACAAUGAAGUUGCAAAUGUUUGUUUCCUGAGAAAAAAAAUAAUUUCCUCAAUUUACCAAAUGGACCUAUCAAGCUUGAAACUUAGCAUUGUCAUGUUGUUUUCUAUCCAAACCAUUGCACGUAUUUCUAGUGAUUUGGGAUUCUGAUUCCUUCUGGAUGAAGAAGGGUAAAUUUUUUAUUUCUUUUUUGUGAAAAAAAAUGGGCGAUAAGAAGAAAUUAAAGGAGGAUGAGAAAAUCGAGAAGUCGAUUCGAGCUCUUCUCAAACUUCCCGAGAAUAAAAGAUGCAUUAAUUGCAAUCUUUUGGGUCCCCAAUAUGUUUGUACCACUUUCUCUACUUUUGUUUGCACCACCUGCAGCGGAAUACAUAGGGAAUUCACUCAUAGGGUGAAAUCUGUAUCAAUGGCUAAAUUUACUGAAGAAGAAGAGAAUGCUCUUCGAGAAGGAGGAAAUGAGAGAGCAAGACAAAUUUACUUCAAGGCAUGGGAUCCUCAACGCAAUUCUUACCCUGAUGCCAGUAAUCUUCAUAUGCUCCGAAAGUUCAUCAAGCAUGUCUAUGUGGAUAGGAGAUACACUGGUGAGAGGAGUGAAAGGCUUCCAAGUCUGGAAGUGGGAUACAGGACGGAAUCCCCAGAAAUCAAGAGGGUCAUUGUGUUUACUGGUAGAACCAAAAGUCCACUUUAUGGUAAUAGGCAUGAAUGGAGCUCUAAUGAAGGAUUUAGUCCUGCUGGAAAAAGUGGUGCUGUUAGGGGUUUCUAUAAUGAGUCAAUAAAUUCUAGAUAUGAAGGUUCCCCUAGAAACCAUCGGCACAUUGAGAUUAUUGAUCACAGGCUCCGUCGUGAUGGCCCUGGAAGUGCCAUACAAAAAGAUAACCCCAACAUUCGACAGAGAGAACCUGUGACACGAAGCAUGUCAUCUAGCAACCUAUCGGAUAGGUCUGCACCUCCAGUGGUGCGCCCCAUUAGAGAUAUUUUGGGGGAGAAUGCUCCUGCCUUGAAGGUGGGUGAACAUUCAAAAGAAAAUACUGGAAAUGAUACUGUUGCUAAAAACCAGAAGAUUUCACCACCUAGUGGUAUUGAAAGUUUGAUUGAUUUCAGUAUGGAUUCUGAGCCGUCUAAUGCUGCGGCAACACCAAAUAUGCAGCAAGUGCCGCCAUCAAGCAAAGGUGGUAACCAGUCAUCAGAUGAACUCUCUUCAAAGGGAAAAGCACCUCCGGCCUCCAAUGCAAAUCCUUUGGAUUUUUUACUAUUUGAUCUUGCAGCUCCCUCUGCGGUACCUGUUGAUAAUGUCUUAGCAGUACCGAGCACCUCAGGUGCUCCAUCAACUGCAUCUGGACAGAACACUUCAUUAAACAGUAUUUCUCCAGCAGCACCUGAAGGACAGCUUUUCACUUUGACAAGUUCCAGCAGCUCUUCACCAGUUCCACCGGCAGUCAAUGUCCCACAAGUUCAAUCUCCUCACGGGCAUGUCUUUUCCAGCAUGCAAAAACAUCAGUCUUCCCUUUUCCCUGCUUCUGAUAAUAGCUUUUUUACUGAACAAAGUAAUCAAACAACUGAAGCAUCGAAUAGCCAGCCCGGUACAACGUUGCUGAUGCAUAAUGCUCAACCCUCUUCCUCUACUGAACAAUCGUCAGAAGCCACCUCCAAAUCAACUGAAGAAACAAAGUCUGGCGGAAGAAAGGAACUUCCGCAGGAUCUCUUUGCUACAAGCUAUGGGUCUGCCCCUGCUGCAGUUCCGGGUUGGCAAACUGGUCUACCACAUGGAGUUGCGUUUGGUUUGCAGUAUUAUCCUAAUGCAAUGCAUUCAGCAGCAUUUUCAAGCAUUUCAAAGGCAAAUCCAUUUGAUCUUAGUGGCGAUACGACUCCAGCACAAGCACCACAAUUUCCUCAGAUGACAUCUAUUCUUGGGACCCUCCCUAGCAUCCAAGAUCCUACUGCUUUGUCUCCCAAACCCAGUACUGAUGCCCCAUCCCAUUCAUCGCAUUUUGCGUCCAUAUUGACGCCAGAAUCACCUUCCACAUUGGCUACGCCUUCUAGUGCAUACAUGGGGAAUCAAUCACACAGUGGUGUUCCAUCUCCCAGACCACAAGGUAUAGGUGGUUUCGGCAGUGAUGAACGCAACCUGGGUUUCUUAAAUGCAACUCAGAGACCUGCAGGUGGACAACCAGCAUCUAAUCCUCCCAACACUUUUCCUACAAUGGGACCAAAUCCAUUUGGAUAAAGGAAAAAAAAAAAAGAUACCCAGUCAUACUCCCAUUACUUUUGUUUUGAACCUCUGAAGAUCCUAAAGCAAAAGUGAAGUUCUUUUUCUGGUUGGAAAUCGGAAACAGAAAAGCCGCAUGACUGACUGACUGACUAACUGACUGAUGAUGUCUUCUGACUUUUGUGCAUCUUUGACACAGAAUUACAGUAUCAAAGACGAUCCAAUAGUAAUGCAUGAAAAGUCACGAUUCUGGAGGCAAUGGAAUCCUCCCUGUAAAUUUCUCAUAGCCAUUAUUUAUUUUCUUUCUUCCUGCUUGGUU